UUCCAGAUCAAAGAUGGCGGGAGCCUCCGACCCACUGGAGGACAUGCUCUUCACUGAGGUGGACGAGAAGGCGGUCAGCGACUUGGUGGGCUCCCUGGAGUCUCAGCUCGGCGACAGAAAGGCUCCCGCUGCUUCGUUUACCGACGGGAAACGGGAGACGGGCCCGGCCGGAGCUAGCCAGUUCUCAGGGAAAGUGCGAGAGCGAGUGGGGUCUUCGGAGCAGCCGCCGCCGCAGCCGCAACAAGGGCAUCCGAAAGCGGGCUCAAACCGGGAGCCGUCCGCCGCUGCUACCGACGGGCCUGCUGUGUCCGGGGGCGCGCUGGCCGCCUCUACAGCCGCUGGAACCGCCGGAGUCUCGGCCAUUUCUGUGACCCCUCAGCCCUCUGCUCCUGCCCCCUUCCACCCGGCUGUGGUCCCUACCUCCUCCCUGGUUCCCACCCCAGCCUCCCCUGGCCUCCAAAGCCUAAACGGUGGUCCUGGAUCAGUCAAACUCCUCACCUCUCCCUCACUCCCACCUCCACAACAACCAGGAACUGUUAUUAACGCAGUCAGUGGUUCUACUAUCAUGGCGUCUCAAUUCACCGGCCAAUCCUCUCCGACUAUCACUUUGCAGCGGCAUCCGAGCCCCGUCCCGAAUCAAAAUGGAGUUGAUCCGAAAAGCGUACCCUCUCCAAACGCAUCAACAUCGCAAGUUUUGAACCACACAAACCAGCUAAUUCAUAACAAAAUAAUGCCCCAACCUCAACCUGUGUCUGGGAAUAGCGUUAUCCUAGCCAAUACGCCUCCAUUGACUACGCAGAUAGCGCAAACAGGAGCAGCAGGAGGGGUGAAACCAGCUGUGAAUGGACUGGCGCCACCCACGGUAGCAGUGGUGAGACCACCAGGAGCUAGUCCAGGGGUGGCAGCGACGGGCGUCCAGCAGCAGAGACCCGCACUAGGGGUAAACGCGGCCGCAACCAGGGCCCCGACUCCACAAGCGCCAAUAGCCGUGAGGCCGCAACAGCAGACUACCAUUCAAUUACCACCGGGGUUCACUAUGCCACCGGGGAUGGUGUUGGUUCGCACAGAGACUGGUCAGCUGGUCAUGGUUCCUCAACAGGUCCUGGCUCAGGCUCAAGCCAAAACUCAACAGAAUCAAACCGUCAACCUCCAGAGACCUGCCACUCCUACAGCAGCAGGGGGCACUAUUCGGGUCAGCACACCCACGUCGGCUCCUGGGACUCCCACUGUGCGGCUGGCCUCUCCUCAGACCCGAUUGACCCAACCAGCCUCCAGCACGGUGCAGAAGGCGCUCAGUGCUGCCCCCGGAGGUUCUGCGGUGUCGGUGAAGAUGUCCACUCCACAGAAGCCCCCCACGGUGAUCACAGCCGGAGGCACUGUCCUGAACAAAACCAGUCCAAGUCCCAGCUCUGCGGUCACUGCGCCGGCUCGGGUCAACGUCGUCUCACAGGAAAUGCAGGAAAAUGUGAAGAAAUGCAAGAAUUUUUUGGCGACGCUGAUCAAACUAGCGUCACACAACUCUCCGUCUCCAGAUACCUCCAAGAACGUCAAAGGCCUGGUGCAGGACCUGCUCGACGCUAAGAUUGAACCAGAGGAGUUCACGACUCGGCUUCAGGCUGAGCUGAAGUCCUCCCCACAGCCCUACCUCAUCCCCUUCCUCAAAAAAAGUCUCCCUGCGCUCCGUCAGUCCCUGUUGAGUAAUCAGCAGUCUCUGAUGCCAGUCCCCAGCACCGCAGCAGCAGUGCCCCCUGUGGUCACAACCAGCACCAUCAGACCUCCGCUGCCCAUCAGCCCGGCCACUAGCGCGGUCCGGCUCAGCUCGCCAAUGGGGAAUGCCACUACGUUGGCUGUGGCACGACCAGGCGCCCAAACUGUGACCAGACCUGUAGUAAUCAGCCAGAACCUCAGACCACAAGGUACGUUGAUACGAGGGCCGGCCACCAUUUUAGGGAAGAGUCCAAUCAUGGCAGCACAAGCCAAUCAGAGGAAGCUCAGUGACCCAGGGGGCGGGACCUUCAGAGACGACGAUGACAUUAACGAUGUGGCUUCCAUGGCGGGCGUGAACUUAAACGAAGAGAACGCUCGUAUCCUAGCGACCAGCUCAGAGCUUGUGGGAACAAUGAUCCGGUCCUGUAAAGACGAAGCCUUCCUGCCCCCGGGAAUGCUGCACCGGCGCAUCCUCGACAUAGCUAAAAGGUCCGGUGUUUCAGAGGUCCCAGUGGAUGUUGUUAACCUGAUUUCUCACGCCACUCAGUCCAGACUCCGCACGCUGUUGGAGAAGGUGUCUGUGGUUGCUCAGCAUCGAACAGACGGUGGGAAGGACGAGGACAACUACGAGCAGACGUCAGAUGUGCGGUCACAGCUCAGGUUCUUUGAGCAGCUCGAGAGAAUGGAGAAACAGAGGAAAGACGAGCAGGAGAGAGAGAUCCUGCUCAAGGCCGCUAAGAGUCGUGCAAGACAAGAGGACCCUGAACAGGCUCGGCUCAAACAGAAAGCAAAAGAGAUGCAGCAACAGGAGCUUGCUCAGAUGAGACAGAGAGACGCCAACCUCACUGCCCUCGCUGCUAUCGGACCUCGAAAGAAACGCAAGCUCGACUCACCAGGGGGCGCCACAGCGGGACCAGAGUCCGCAAGUGGUUCCGGCCUGUCUUCGUCUCCGGCUUCGUCUCGGCAGCAGCUACGACAGAGAAUCACUCGGGUCAAUCUCAGGGACUUUAUCUUCUGUCUGGAGCAGGAACGAACCACCGCACGGUCGCUAAUGCUCUACAAGGCCCUGCUCAAGUGAAGCUAACUGCUAACUCAUGCUAGGCUAAUGCUAACAACAGACAGUAUCCCACAGGGAAUCGCACUGGGCCCCAUGCAGUUUUCCCCAUAGGAUAUUUCAAGUUUUAAGGAUUUUUGGACAAUUUUCAUCAUGUUUUGGAAUUCACCCUACAACCCGUUGACGGCUGCGGAACUACAGCAAUCUUCAAAUCAAGUUUUUUAAGAAAAUUAAGUUUGAGCUUUUUAUAAAUUAUUUCAGAUUUCACAGUAUUCAGAAAUGAGGAUAUAUUAUGACCAAGAACAAUAACUAUUUUUUAAAAUGUGUGUACGAUUUUUAAGUUAAAGUUUUAAGGAGGGUUAGGUAAAUAUCUACGUAAAUAGAGAUGCUAAACUGGGCAGUAUCUGGAGGACUAAAGGAGAAUGUGAGGGGGAUAGGAGGAGUGGGAGCUGGAGGACUAAAGGGGAGAGUGUAAUCAGGGCAGCCUUGUGUGAUAUCAUGU